AUGCUGCCAUCACAGCCACCGCCCGGCGGGGUAGCUGCACCGCAUGCCCGCAGCUCGCUAGGGAAUUAUCAUAUCGGCCAGGAGAUUGGGCGGGGGAGCUUCGCUACGGUGCACAGAGCGUAUCGAACCAAGACGCACCAGCUUGUCGCUAUCAAAGCGGUCAGCCGACAGAAACUCACCGCCAAGCUGCUCGAGAAUCUCGAGAGCGAGAUCAACAUCUUGAAGGCGAUCAAUCAUCGCAAUAUCGUCGGCCUGGAGGACUGUUUCAAAUCCGACUCGCACAUCUACCUAGUCAUGGAGUACUGCACCGGCUCCGACCUCUCCUUCUACAUCAAGCAACGCGGCAAGCUCGACACCCUCGACUUUGUACCUCGUCCAGGCAUGUUCCCGGGAAAGGGUCCGCUAUCGCUCGAUCAGAACGGAAAGAUGUUCUGGCCUCAUCCGGCUGCCGGGGGAAUUGAGGAGCGCGUCACGCGGUGUUUCCUGGGUCAGCUGGCUGGAGCUCUGCGAUUCCUGAGGCGGCAGAACUUGAUACAUCGGGAUAUCAAGCCUCAGAACCUGCUCAUGCAGCCUCCUACACCCGCGGAGAUCCUGGAUGGUCACCCUCUGGGUGUACCGGUGCUCAAAGUUGCCGACUUUGGGUUUGCCCGAAUAUUGCCUGCUGCAGCCAUGGCUGAGACACUAUGCGGUUCUCCUCUGUACAUGGCUCCCGAGAUUCUCCGAUAUGAGCGCUACGACGCCAAAGCCGAUCUCUGGUCGGUCGGUGCUGUGCUCUACGAAAUGGCAGUUGGCAAACCCCCCUUCCGAGCCAACAACCACGUCGAGCUUCUCCGGCGGAUCGAAAAAGGCGAAGACCGCAUUAAAUUCCCGGACGAGUCCACUCGUCCAGGAGAAGAGCCGAAGGAACCCGUCGGCGUCCCCCCGUGCGAGGACAUCAAGGAGCUCAUCCGCAAGCUCCUCAAGCGCAAGCCGGCGGAGAGGAUGGAUUUUCCUGCUUUCUUUGAGAGUGGGGUAUGGGACGGGUUCAUGUCUGAGAGCAUGAGCUCGGAGGGGGAGAGCAGUAUGUCUCCGGACUUGCUCAGCGUGGAGGGCAGCUCGGAAGUGUCGGUCUCGGUGGGAGACAGGAUGCGGAGAGCGAGGUUCAAUGCGGCCGUCGGGAGGAAGGAGAAGGAGAAGGAGAUGCCUACUGAAGAGUGGACAGGACACCAUGUUAAGCAGCCGACGACGGCGGAUCCGGCGUUGAACCCCGCUCCGGCACCUGCCCCUUCGCCGGCUCUGACCCCGACGCGACCUGCUCCUCCUGCGCCAAGCUCAACACCUUACACCCGGCCCCUGCCCGCAUCCCCGCCAAUCAUCCAGCACACCUCACCUACGCCUCGUGCCAGACCAUCUCCACCUCCCACCCCGAUCAUCACCUCGCCUACACCCGCGCCUCGGCAGGCCGCGCAAGCACCUCGGCAGACACCGGUAAGGCGGAGCGAGCCCAAGUACUACGUCAGCGAUGAUCCUCCCCCUCCUUCUCGGUCUCCCACCGCUCCGCCUCGCCCCAAUCCACCCCCUCGUCAGCCUACCGUCAGCUCAAGCACAGCUACAACACCCAAAGCUCCUGCUGCAGAGCUCACCAACUAUCGGCAGCCAACGUCAAAUCGGCGGAUCAGUAAUGCUGGGGUCAGUCCGGAUGAGCCCACGCCCGUCACUCCCCCGACAAAUCAGCCGCCGUCCUUUGGCCGCACGAGGGUCUCGGAGGGAUCUCCGCUGGCGUCUACGCCUCCGAUCACGCGGGGUGUGGAGGAUGAGAGCAUGGACUCGAGCGAGGUGGUAGGAAGGGAAUAUGUGAUGGUGGAGAAGCAGACGGUCGAGGUUAAUGCGCUCGCGGAUGAAUUCGAUCAAGCAUCCCGAGUGAAUCAAGCUCUGGUCCGUCGUCCCAGCUCCCGAAUCAGCGUCGUCACCCGACCCGUAUCCGCUCUCAAACCCUCCGCCGCCCCUUCUAGCCAAAGCUCGGACCGGGCUCCCCCAAUCCCGAACUCGUACUCCCCUCCAGCCGGCCUAUCGUCCACUCCUCCCUUCGCUGUCCAGCCAAGCACGCUCCGCCGCCCAUCCUCCUCUGCGCUCACUCGCCCUUCUUCAAUUCCCCACGCUCACCCACCCCAGCCUAGCCUGACCGUCUUCCCACCUGGCUUCUCGCCCGAGAACCUCGUUUCUCGACUGAGCGCUUCACCGUCCUCUCUCCAGACUGGCGCGCUCGCUCGUGCGCUCACCAACACCGCUAUCCGCAUGAUUGGUCACGGGGCAAAUACGGCCGCUAUAGCUUUAGCGCGAGCUACGAACCGGCCCCACUUCCGACCUCGAACAUCGUCCGGGCGUAGAAUGAGCGGGACGGCCGAGGUGGACCCGGCAGAGGAAGAGCUGCUCAAGGCCGUCGAGGACCUCGCUCGGAAGGCAUUUGCGCUGUUCGAGCUGGGUGACGUUAGGCUGGGGAAUUGGAAUACCCUCGCGCAGGGCCGUAGGGACGUCACGGGUCUCUCGCGGGAUCCUGCGCAGGCUCAAGCGCAGGCUCAGGCACAGGUACAAGGGUCGUCUUCGCCUUUCGCGGAUAAUCCGAUUCGGAGGAAGAGCAGCUCGUCAUCGACCAACUCGGAAGUGUUGCGAUUGAGGGAACAGGAGCUGGCGGCUGGGGAGGCGUGCGUGCUGUAUUGCAAGGCGCUGGGGUUUAUUGUUAAGGGGACGAAUAUGAUUCAGAGGUAUUGGGAGGAAAGGGCGGGGGUUGUGGGAGAGGCGGGAGUGGAGCUGAACGAGAUGGUUCAGUGGCUCCGGGCAAGAUUCAACGAGUGCUACGAAAAGGCCGAAUGGGCGAAAUUGAGGUGUGCCGAGGAGCUGCCAUUUGUCGAGCGCCUACUUCAUGAUAAGGCGAGAGAUAUGUCUCGCCAGGGAGCUAUUGCAGAGCUGCAGGGCGAUCUGCCUGUCGCUGAAGCGGGGUACGAGAAUGCCCUUUGGCUGCUGAUGGCGCUGCUGGAUGAGGCGAUGUAUGAUGGGGGAGGUAUCAAGGAGGAAGAUCGGAUCAGUGUGGAGAAGGUUAUCAACCCUAUCCGUACUAGGCUCAACACCCUUCGUCAGAAGAUGGUGGCGGACACCAAGCCUACAUAA